CAAUUACAUCUUAAAGACUCAUUCCAGAACGACUUCAGCGUGACGCAGUCGUCUAAAGGCAAGAUUCCCUGGAUGAAAUACGACGGAAAGGCCGUGGAGGACUCGCAGUUCUGUGUGGAGUAUCUGAACCGGAAGUUGAACAUUGACCUCAACAGUCACCUGACAGGGGAACAGCGGGCAAUUGCGAAUGCGUUUCGAAAGAUGGCGGAAGAAAACCUAUACUGGUGUAUGGGGAUGAGCAGAAUGGAAAAUAUGGACUUUAUUAAAAGUAUGUCCGGAGGCAGGUUCAGCAAACUAUUUGUUUGGUUUGGUUUACGUGUGUAUCGGAACCAAAGGAGAGUCCACGGAAUCAGCCGGCACACUCAUGACGACGUGCUGCACAUCAUGGAAGGUGACUUGAGAUCAUUGUCAGUCCACCUAGGAGAUAAGAAGUUCUUUUUCUGCGAUCAACCAUGCGAGACGGACGCUGCUUUGUUUGGGCAGUUGUGUCAGAUUUGCUGGCAGUGUCCAGGAAGCAAAGGGGAACAACUCGUGAACGAAACUUUCCCAAAUUUGGUGGAGUAUUGUGAACGAAUGAAGACGACAUUUUGGCCCGACUGGGAGGACUGCAUCACGGCGGACGGAACUAAAACUGCAACAAAAUAAAAAUCCUACUUUUGAAAAUGAAGUAUGAACCUGAUGAACGUCAGACGUGAAGCCGACACUUGAUGAUGGUCCACACUGGAUGAUUGUUUUUAUAAAUUAAUCUAAAUAAACGAAAAUUGAAUGCAUGUAGAUACCAUCCCAAAUUAAAAUGCAUAUGACAUUUAUGUGAAGUUUAUUGAUGAUAAACCUUUGCACAGCAACAUCAUUUUGUAUAAAGGUGAUGUAUUGCGAGAUACGUAUUUCCGAAAAAGAUUGUACACCUAUGUUGCCGAGGUUGUGAUAAAACAAUGUGAGAGUAUAUUAAAUGAUAGAAUAUAUGUGUCGUAAUUCCACUGCAUGACAUAACACACUUCCGCAUAUUUUGCUUAUUCGGUCAGGUAACGAGUGACGAGACGAAAUCAAACUCAUUAAAAUCAGAUCUUAGUCCUCGCUAUCGGUAAACAAAGAUCUGAGAGCAUCC